AAAUGUCUCUCCAGGCCUGAAGGAGAAGACCUCAGGACCUGGGUUUAGGUUUCACCCUUCUCCUCCCUGAUGGACAGCACCAGCAGAGAAAUCCUUGUUCCCCUCCUGGAGGAUAAAGUCUGGCUGCCUGACUCAGUGUAGUGUUUGCUGUGCUGCACCUCCCACAGCCUCAUGGAAAUACCAGGGAGCCAGCAUCUUAAUUACCAACCCGAUUUCAGUGAAAACAAGGUUUAUACAUUUGAUUAUGAAACCACACUUCUCAGUGGACUUCCAGAGAAAGGACUUGCAAGAGCUGGAAUAAGAAUAAAAAGUAAAGUGGAAAUUAGUGGUAUUGGGCCAAAACUUUGUCUCAUUAGGAUUCACUCGAUCGAAGCCGCAGAGUACAACGGGGCCUGGCCCGAGAGCUCGUUCUCGCGGUCCCUGAAACUGACCCAGGUCCUCACUGGGCAGCUCAGCAGCCCCAUCAAGUUUGAGUACAGCAAUGGCCACGUUGGGAACAUUAUGGCUCCUGAUUCUGUCUCGGAUGAUGGGCUGAACAUCUACAGAGGGAUUGUGAACGUGCUGGAGCUGAGCUUAAAGAAGGCGCAGAAUUCAUACAGUCUGCAGGAGGCUGGGAUUGGAGGUAUUUGUAACACAACAUAUACAAUCCAGGAAAACAAGAGAGCAAGCGUAGCCUACGUGGGCAAAUCCAAGGACCUGGACAGCUGUGAAGAGAAAGUUCAAAUUGUCACAGGAUCAGCAUACACUCAUCCAUGCAAGACCUGCCAGCAGAGGAACAAGAAUUCUCGUGCAACUGCUACUUACAAUUACAAAAUUAAAUAUUCACGUAGUGAAGCUGUAAUUACACAAGCUGAUGUUGAGGAAAUUCACCAGUUUUCCCCCUUCAACGAGAUAACAGGAGGAAAUGCUAUUGUAGAAGCAAGGCAGAAACUUGUUUUGACUGAUGUGCAGAAGCAGAAGGCAGAGGUCCCAUCAAAAGAGUACCAGAAUCGUGGAUCUCUCCAGUAUCAGUUUGGCAGUGAGCUGCUUCAGCUUCCUGUCCACUUAUUCAAAAUAAAAGAUGUGGAAAAUGAGAUAGAGGAAAGCCUCCAAGAAUUAGUAGAGGCCACCUCUGAGCAGCUUCCCAGUGAUGCACCAGCAAAAGCUCUCAAGCUCCUGCAGCUCUUCCGUGCAGCAAACGAGGAGAAUUACGAAUCAGUGUGGAAGCGAUUCUCCAGUCGGCCAGCCUACAGGCGCCACAUUUUGGAUAUAAUCCCUGCAGUGGCCAGUCACCGAGCACUCAGGUUCCUGCGGCACAAAAUGGAAAGGCAGGAGCUCACCAGCUGGGAAGUGACUCAAACAGUGCUUGUGGCUCUGCACUCCAGCCCUCCAACUCAGGAUGUGAUGGAGGAAGCAAUGCUCAUAGUAAAGAAGCACUGCCCACGCUCGAGCUCCGUGCUUGGGAAGGUUUGCCACCUCAGCUACGCGUCCCUGUGCCACAAGCAGUGCUCCUCCUCAGACUCCUGCUCCGAGUGUCUCCAGCUUCUUCAUGGCUUUGCAGGAGAGGCACUGAGCAAGUCUAGCACAGAAGAAAUUUCCCUGGCUUUGAAAGCCCUUGGGAAUGUAGGACAUCCAGCCAGCAUCAAGCACAUCAAGAAGUUUUUGCCAGGAUAUGCAGCUGGUGCCUCAGAUUUGCCACUCAGGGUCCAUGUGACUGCUGUGAUGGCCCUGAAAAACAUAGGCCUGAAAGACCCUAAAAUGGUCCAGGCUAUUACCCUUGAGAUUUUCCUGAAUCAAAAACUUCAUCCUCGAAUCCGAAUGUUGGCUGCAGCGGUUUUACUUGAAACCAAGCCAGGUCUCCCAGUCGUGAUGACAUUAGCUGAUGCUGUGCUGAGGGAGCCCAGCAUGCAAGUGGCAAGUUUCAUCUACUCUCACUUGAGGGCCCUGGGCAGAAGCUCAGAUCCAGAUCUUCAAGUGCUGGGUUCUGCCUGCAGGAUGGCUGUCAGAGCUCUAAGUCCCAAGUUUGACAGGUCUGGAUAUCAGUUCAGCAAGGUUUUCCGCUUCAGCAUCUUUAAAGAGUCCCUUAUGAGCGGGCUGGCAGCUAAGUAUUUGGUAUUGAAUGAUGCAGGUAGCUUAAUUCCAACUGUAGCAAUGUCCCAGCUACGGGCACAUUUCCUUGGAAGAGUGGCUGAUCCCUUGGAGGUAGGAAUAGCAGCUGAAGGACUGCAGGAGUUGUUUGCCAAAGGUUACGCUCCUGACAGGGACUGGGAGGCUGACUAUAACUUCAAGAAAAUCCUGAAAACGCUCUCUGACUGGAAGGCAUUCUCCAGUGACAAACCUUUUGCAUCAGGCUACUUGAAGAUGUUUGGCCAAGAGCUGUUUUUUGGUGGACUUGAUAAAAACGCCAUUCAAAAUGCACUGCAGGCAUGGUAUGGAUCUGAUGAAAAAAUCCCUUCACUAAGGAGAAUAAUCAGUAGCCUUCAAAGUGGUGUAGGGAGGCAGUGGACCAAGGCUCUCCUGUCCUCUGAGAUCCGCCGCAUUGUGCCCACCUGCACUGGCUUCCCGACAGAGACCAGCUUCUAUUACUCUUCCAUCACAAAAGUGGCAGGAAAUGUUCAAGCACAGAUUACACCUUCUCCAAAGUCUGAUUUCAAAUUGACUGAGUUACUAAAUGCCAACAUAAAGCUGAGAUCCAAAACAAGUCUAAGCAUGGCCAAGGAGGUGACCUUUGUAAUGGGAAUUAAUACACACACAGUCCAGGCAGGGCUGGAAGCACGCACCGAAAUGAAUGCUCAUGUACCUGUGAAUGUUGUUGCCAGUAUCCAGAUGAAGGAAAAAAAUAUCAAAAUUGAAAUCCCACCAUGUAAAGAUGAGACUGAUGUAGUUACCAUAAGGUCUAAGACAUUUGCUGUUACACGAAAUAUUGGGGAUUUGGCUGCUAGUAAGAUGACUCCAGUUCUUUUACCUGAAGCAGUGCCUGACUUAAUGAAGACGUCCUUCAAUUCAGAUUCUGCAUCAGGCGAGACUGAUAACAUCAGGGGUAGACAGUCUGCAGAGGAUGUUUCAUCUCGAAAUCCCUUUUCUUCUGGACGCUCCUCUUCCCAAAAAGAGCCAUUUGUUCAGUCCGUGUGCUUCAAUGCGAGCACAUUUGGAGUUCAAGUGUGCAUUGAGAAGAAAAGCGUGCACGCAGCAUUUAUCAAAAACCUGCCUCUUUAUUACCUGGUUGGAGAGCACGCCCUGAGAAUCAGCUUCAAGCCAGUUUCCACUGAGGCACCUAUUGAAAAAAUACAAGUCACAAUUCAAGCAGGAGACCAAGCUCCUACAAAAAUGAUACGUCUAGUAACAUUUGAAGAUCCAAAGGCACAAGCAUCUUCCAGAAAAGAAGCAAUUAAAAAAGUGAAGAAAAUCCUUGCUGACACUGAUGAUCAGGGGACAAGAAAACACAGGAGCUCAUCAUCCAGUGCCAGCAGCGCCAGUGGAAGUGCCGAGAGUACAACGAGCAGCCCCUCCAGCAGCGACUCCGAUGACAGAGCAUCACAGGGAGGCACCCAGAUAAAUCUGAAAGCAGGGCAGUCCAAAGCCAAAGGAAAGAAGUUCUACCCAUUUGGGGGCAGUAGCAGCAGCAGCAGCAAAAGCAGUAGUAGUGAUAGCAGUAGCAGUGAUAGUAGUAGCAGCAAGAGCAGCAGUAGCAGUAGUAAGAGCAGCAGCAGUAGUAGUAGUAGUAGUAAGAGCAGCAGUAGUAGUAGCAGUAAGAGCAGUAGUAGUAGCAGUAAGAGCAGCAGCAGUAGUAGCAGGAGCAGCAGCAGUAGUAGCAGUAAGAGCAGCAGUAGCAAGAGCAGCAGCAGUAGUAGCAGCAAGAACAGCAGUAGUAGUAAGAGCAGUAGUAGCAGUAGCAAGAGCAAUAGUAGCAGUAGCAAAAGCAGUAGUAGUAAGAGCAGCAGCAGCAAGGACAGCAGCAGCAGCAGGAGCAGCAGAAGCAGUGGUAUCAGCAGCCAGAGCAGCAGCAGCAAAGGCAGUACCAGAGGCAGCGCAGGUAGCAGCAGCAGUAGCAAAGCAUCUGGUGUAAAGCAUAAGGCUAAGAAGCAGUCCAAGACCACAUCAUUUCCACUUGCCAGUGCUGCUGAAGGAGAGAGAAGUGACCGUGAGCAGAAGCCUAAAACACAGAGUAGCAGCAGCAGCAGCAGCAGUGAGAGCACUGGUGCUUCCCGCUGGCGCAGCAAAUCUGACCGAGGAGUUGAGACAAACCAUGCCAAGUCCCGAGUUCACAGUGGCAGUAGUCACACUUCCACAGAAUGGGAAUAUCACCUUCCAAAAGUAUACAGUCUCCGCUUCAAGUCUGCUCACGUCCAUUGGCAUCCAGAUCAUAAAGGAUCAAGCAGCUCAUCAUCAUCUUCCUCUGAGCUGGGAAGCAGCCACAGAAACAGCAGCAGCAGCAGCAGCAGUGACAGCAGCAGCAGCAGCCACCACCACCACCAUGGAGAAAAUUCUGCCCACAACUCCAGGAGGAGCAAAAGAGUCAGCAUCCACCACCACAGCCACAGCUCCAGCCUGACACGUGAGCGCAACUUCCUGGGAGACGUAAUUCCACCUGGCAUCACGAUUGUGGCGCAGGCAGUGAGGAGUGACAGCAGAAAUCAAGGUUAUCAAGCCACAGCAUAUGUUCGUUCUGAUGCUGCCAAAGUUGAUGUGCAACUAGUUGUGGUUCAGCUGGCUGAAACCAAUUGGAAAGCGUGUGCUGAUGCUGUGAUACUGCCUCUGAAAGCACAGGCCAGACUGAGAUGGGGCAAGGAGUGCCAGGAUUACAGGAUAGAAGCAGCAACUACCACAGGACAACUAGCAAAGAAGCCAGCUGCACAGCUGAAGGUGCAGUGGGGAAAGCUUCCAUCCUGGAUAAAAAAGACAAGCACAGAAUUCAUGCAAUACAUUCCUGGUGCAGCGCUCGUGUUGGGCUUCUCAGAAGUACACCAGAGAAAUCCAUCUCAUGAAUUUAUAGUAAGAGCAGCUGCAACAUCUCCACGAACAAUUGAUACAGUAAUUAAAGCUCCUGAGGUAACACUUUAUUGUCAGGGAUUCCGAUUGCCAUUCACUCUGCCCUUAGACCCGUCUCCAGCUUAUGAGACUCAAGACAUCACUGCCUGGAAUUUAUUGCCUGCAAUAGCUUCACAAAUAGCACAAGAAGAUCAAUCCACGUGUGAAAUCGGGGAGAGAGAUUUCAAAACAUUUGAUCGUGUGAGCCAUUCAUAUUCUUUCAAUAAAAGCUGCAACCUGGUUGUGGUUCAAGACUGUAAGGAAUACCCAAAGUUCAUCAUUUCUACAAGAAAGGUUGAUCCUCAAUCUUUCUCAAGAGAGGUUCACAUAAAUACAACAUCAGCGAACAUCACAAUCAGUCCUGCCUCAAAUUGGUCUCUCCUUGUGGCAUACAAUGAACAGCGAGUUCUAUCACACAGUGGAAGUUCUGUGUAUGCAAAAGGCAAUGUUAAAAUUUAUAAAAAUGGAAAAACAGUUACCGUGGAAGUUCCAGAACUUGGACUGCAGAAGGUGACUUUUGAUGGUGUAAAUCUUAAGGUUACGGUUGCUUCGUGGAUGAGAGGAAAGACCUGCGGAGUUUGUGGUAACAAUGACAGAGAAAAGGAAAAUGAGCUGCUCAUGCCAAACCAUAGGCUGGCACACAGCUGUUCUGCGUUUAUUCAUUCAUGGGUACUGCUAGAAGAAACCUGCUCUGGUGGGUGCAAGCUGCAGCGCAGUUAUGUGAAGCUGAAUCGAAACCCUACUGUUGAUGGUGAGGAAUCUACCUGCUACUCUGUUGACCCAGUACUGAAAUGUAUGAAAGACUGUACUGCAAGUGAAAAGGCUUCAGUAAAGGUUGGCUUCCACUGCUUCCCAAAAGAAACUGCUGUAAGCCUGUUGGAAUGGCAGAAAAUCAGCGAUAAGAAAUCUGCAUCUGAGGAUGUUGUGGAGUCUGUGGAUGCUGACAUUGAUUGUACCUGCACUGGCAGCUGUAGUUAAGCUAAACGUUUUGGCAUUGUGCUAUAGACAUACUACACAAAUAAUUGAAUAGCUGGA